AUGUCGCAGGUUGAGUCCGUCCGUUUGGAGGGCAAUUGGGAUGGAGGUGCAAAUAGCAGCGUUUUAUUGCACUUGACAAUGAAGUUGAAGGCGAGCCCCAACGCGACGAUCCCAAUUUUCCAAUUGGAUGAUGGCCUUCAAGCGAAUAUCAUAGAGGAUCGAGUAUAUCAAACGGAAGAUAAAGACUUGGAGACAUUCAGUACCUUUGGAAAUUUGAGUCCAUCCAUUUGCCAGUUGGCACAGCGAGAUAGGCAAAGCGGAAGUGAUAAUCUCCGAAGUCCUAGUCCCAGUACUCAUGAGACACCAAGACGACUAUACCGAAAUGGAAUGCAAUUAUCUCCUUCCCCAACGAAAGAAAGAUUGUUCCCACCUAGUCCUGCUACUAGCAGUGGAAGUGUGAGCUUAGAUCAGGAUCCUAAAUACGACAUGACAAACCGAGUGCCAGAUUUGCGACAGUGCACGGAACUCGUGGAUGGAGGGAAGGCUCACAAAGUUCAUGAAGAGUUGCAUGAUCCAGAUAUUGAUCGAAGCCAAGGAGCUGCUGCUGGCAAGGAAAAUGCUUCACCAGAAAUCAAUGCUGACUGUAUGGGCACUUUCCACCGUCGGGAAGCGUCAGGGAUGACCGCCAUUCAUUGGACCCCCAAGCGUCAAAACAAGUCUACCCAAGAUAGUUAUGGAGCCGGACGACAAAUACUCGUGUCACCGUCACCGCGAGCUUCUGGCAUCAAUAUCCCAAAAAGGGGCGCUAAGAGCAUGAUUCCGGUGAAAUCCCAAGCCUUUGCACAAGAAGAUAUGCAUUCCAAAGGGGUAUAUAUGGCAAAUAACAGUGUGGAAGGUCCGGAAACUCCGUGGCAGGGGGAAGCAACACGCAAAAACGGAGAAUUUGGCAACGCCCGAUACGCUCAGACUAUCCAUUCCGCCGGUGCAAAGUUGCCAAACCUUGCGUAUAAAUCUGGCUUUUCGCCAGUGAAGGGGAAUAAAACUCCAAUUGCAAAUUUUGGAGAGCAAAGAACAAGCGUGAAAUCAGGAAUCAACAAGAGCUCGCCUUCACCAAGUAGGCCAACUUACCGAAGAGGGUUCAUGAAUAGCCCCAUGAUGUCCCCAGGGAAGAAUAUAGAGAGAGCGAAGGAGAACAAUCUUUUGUUAAAUAUCGAGUCGGACUCGGAGCCAGAUGUUUUCUACGAGCAUCGACCGCCGUCAGAUUUUUUAUCUUCGUGGCUUUAUGAAAGAUCACUGGACACUGGCAGCACCCUGGCGGAAGUGCCUAAAAAUAACCAUCCACAGAGUGAACCUAGAAAAUCGACGAUGAUCUUUCAACGUGACGAAUGGCAGCUGGAGCGAGGAGACUCAAAGAGUCCUCUGUUGUCUGAUCGCAUCUCUCUCCCAAGUCCGACACCAUCUUCCAAAUUAAGCAUGCCAUGGAAUUCAGCAGAAGAGCUAGCAGAGCGAAAAGCAGAGUAUUGUUCGCUGCUAGAUCUGGAGAAUAUCGAAUAUCACCCAGCUGAACCACUGAAACCAGAGAUCGUGAACGUCGAAGGGGUCUUGUCAAUGGUAUUUCUCCAUGACACAGUUAGCGAAACCGUUAUAUACGAAGCGGAGAUCGAGGUUUUGGAGCACGUUUCUGAGAACCACAUAGCAGCGCAGAACGUAUCUGCAAAACCGGAGGUUGAGCCGGGUGCUGCGGUCAAAUGGCAGGUCGAGUUUACACCGUCACGGUGCAUUCCAAAAUUGUCGUUGUUAUCGAGCCAUAGCAAACAUAAGACAAAGUUUUGCCGCUGGUUGCACCUAGGACCGGUGAGAUUGGAUCUCGGCAUCACUCAAAACAGCGGAUGCAUGGGCGUUUGCGAGUGUUGCGGGGGUCAAGAUGAAAUUGUUGACGGAGAAGAUGACCUGAAGCUUUUGUUACACCAAUUUGCAUCAUAUCGGUGGCUGCUGAUCGCGCUCGAAGGCAUUGCGAACCAACUUGAGAGGAUAAAGGAGUCAAUUUCGGUUUUCCACCCAGCAAAAGCAAUGAGCCGCCCGAAAAGAGUGCUCUCAUACGGAUUCCUGGUUCUGGUAAUUGCUAUCAUCGGGGGUUUCUUCAUCAUUCCCAUAGAAAAUGGGGCUCACUAUGGCCUUGAUAAAAGGAGCAAUACAGAUAUUACGUGUCUGCCGGGUGCAGUUGGAUGCCAUAUCCCUCCACGCCACAUCAGGAUGAUCGCAGCUGGAAGAUCGCCAACGUCCAGUGAAAGUCUCGCCCAGAGCGCUCAGCAAGUGCAGCAAAGACCAAAGUUAAACGACGAAUCAAACCAAAACCAGGACACAGCAGUGAGUGCUAGCUUUGUAGUUCCACGAACAGCGACAACGCCAGCAUCAACGACAGACACUCGAAACGACCUGGCUCAGGGAGGGAGCGGAUCGUCCCACGCUAAUGCAGUUUUAGAGACUGGAAGCCUUGCUCCUGUCAUAUCAGCCACAAAAAUUCCACUGCCAACUGCAACAUUUGAAUCCCGACCAGGGCGAAAAGUCAAAACGGCAUCGAAGGACUGUGUGAGGGAUCGGAUUGAUCGGUUUCUUGGUUGGAAAGGCCCUCUUAUGCAUUGA